AUGGUGGUCGCAUCACUUGGCUUACAACAACCUAGCACGGGUGCAACAGGCUACAUUGGCGGGGACGCCUUGAGCGUGAUCCACGAUGCCCAUCCAGACUACUCGUACGUAGCGUUGGUUCGCAGUGCUGAGAAAGCCGACCAAGUCAAAUCCCGGUUCCCCAAUGUGCAGACCGUGAUGGGCGACCUCGAUGAUUCGGCGCUGUUGAAACGGGAGAGUGCAGCGGCUGAUAUUGUCCUUCACACUGCAGAUGCGUCUGACCACGAAGGCGCGGCAAAGUCCAUUGCGGCAGGUCUGGUGGCCGGUCACAGCCCAGACAAACCGGGUUACUGGUUGCAUACGGGUGGGACUGGAAUCCUCACUUUUGAGGAUAGCGACAAGGAGUCAUUUGGAAAUAAGAGUGACAAGGUCUAUAAUGACUGGGAUGGAGUCAAUGAGCUUUUGACCCUUCCCGACCAUGCCUUCCAUCGCAACGUUGACAAGAUCGUUCUCGAAGCCGCGGAGAAGCAUGCGGAUGUGCUCAGAGUGGCUUUGGUUUGCCCUCCUACCAUUUACGGUACGACUCGUACAUACCGACCGAUGCCUUUGGCCUUCGGUGCAGGACGAGGCCGAGGACCCAGCUCGCAACGUGGUCGCCAAGUUUACGAACUGGCCAACGUCACUCUGCGACUUCAAAAGGGCCCAGUCAUCGGAAAAGGCGACGCAAUUUGGAAUAAUGUGCACGUCCAUGAUUUGAGCACGGUCUAUUCACUGCUGGUUGAGGCUGCAGUCGCAGGCCGGACUGAUAAGGGCCUCUGGGGACCUGAAGCCUACUAUCUCACUGAGAACGGGGAGCACCGCUGGGGCGACCUUGCUCAAGCGACAGCACAGACUGCGGCUGAACAGGGUUUUAUCCCCGAAGCCAAGGCGGAGCGCAUUGACCUUGAGAGUGCGAAGAAGUACGCUGGCUUUGAGUCGUUAAGCUGGGGUAUGAAUUCGCGAGGUCGCGCACUCCGGGCGCGUGAGAUUCUCGGGUGGAGACCAUCCAGCCCUAGCUUGCUGGAGGAGUUGCCGGAAAUUGUUCGAAGCGAGUGGCAGCGACUGCAGAAGUAA